AUGAUGGCUCAGCUAGCUAAUGUAACCCACUUGAUCACGUGUCGGCGUGGGGGACCGCGGCGAAGCACAAAAAAUGACAAGGAACUCCAACGCAUGAGCGUACCUCGCUCUUCGAUAUCUUCGUCACAUCCAUCGACUUCCGACACCGUAGUCGAUAUCCCUCAGUGUUUGAAUGUUCCAGGUACGGGGGACACGAAUUCUGGUCAGGAGACUGGCCCCAGUCUUCGGCAUAUCAUUGGUCUCCUGACCCCUUUCAGUGGAGAGCAGAACCUCAGUGUGGACCCAGGUCUGCUUUGGGGUCCUCAGGAUACAGAACCACCUAGCGAGAUAGAAAAUCCCGUUUUGAGGGUUUAUAACUCUGAAGAAGAUAUCUUAGCGUUAUCGGCAAUACUCUCCUUGAUUCCACCUCCUCAGGACCCGCAGCCGUCAGGGGAAUGCCAUGUUUGGAUGCGACGCGCAUAUGCACGUCUCUAUGCGCAAGCCGCUCUCAGCAGAGCAGAGAAGGAGAUUGACGACCUUGUGUCUACAAACAACUCAACCUCCUAUGUGGAAGACGAUCGCCUUCAUGUCGAACUCCCGUUCCAGCUUUAUCCAGUUUUGGCUUUAGUUGCCCUUAGUAUCUAUGAGUAUUGCCAAUGUGGCAAUGUAUCCCGGAUGCGCACCCGCGCGAACCAGGCCAUUACAACGGCUAUGGAUCUUGGCCUCCAUAACUUGGACUCCAAUGCUUCAGAAGCACACCGACGAGCAUGGUGGUCCGCGUCACCUAUCAUCACCGCAAAUGAUUCUAGGAUAACUACUCCAUAUCCCGAAUUUAAAUCUUUCCUAGGCGGACCAGAGCCAUGGCCCGUUCUGCUUAAAGCUCAGGAAGCUUACAUCUCUGUCUCCGACGUUCUUGUCGCCUUAGGCCUAGUGCACAAAGCUCCCACACAGUCGCAUGACUUGCGUGAUCAGAUCUAUCAGCUUGAUUCACGUAUAGUGUCCCUGGCGAUAGAGUCUGAAUUCUACAUGGGCCUAACAUGCAAGGACGAUGCCGAAGGCCUUGCAAUGCAGGGUAUGGGACUGAUAGCAUAUCUCUUGCUCCAUUCGGCACGGAUUAGACUCCAUCGGUUUAGAGCGUUCAUGGACAUUCCGCUUUUUGUUGAAAAGCAUUGUGACUUGACUGCUAUCAAUGAUAAAGCCCCAUAUCCAGAAUUAUCCUCCAAUUUUGAGACUGUGUUUCCGUUUACCGAGCAGCAAUCCUCUGUCAGGUGCCUGAAGUCAUCCCUUGCUGUGGCUCGAGCUUUUAGAAGUCUUCCCCGUCCACAACCAUCCCGGUCGACCGGGAGCCCAGAAAACAAUCACGCACCAACAACCACUGAAAGCCUCACAAUACAUUCUGCAGUAUCACCCGCCCACUUAGCGAUGACCCCCCCGAGUGCUUUGCCGUACUUUAAGUGUACUGCUAUGCAGGCGAGCUACUCGAUGUUUAUGUUAGUGCAUCGAAUACGGGCAGCUAUUGCUUCCAAUCGUCUUUCAGUUUGCUAUCCUCUGAUGGCCAGUCCAGAGCCUGCCACAGAAAUCCAAGACGCUAGGAGACUUAUUGAAGAGCUACGACAUGGAAUUGAGUGUUUAAAGCAUUCUAUGGAGAGGGACAUGGUAUUCGAAGGUAUUGCUGCCAUGUGCCGUGGGCUUACUGCAGUCUAUCUCUCAAUCUUUCCAAACUGA